UCGCCAAUCAAGAAAAUUUCCCAGAGACUACCUUACAGGCAAUACGGAGGAUGUCCACAGAUGAUGAGGACACAGAGACGAUUCCCUUCGAAUCUAAAUUCCUGUGGUUCAAAAAACAUAAAGUGAUGAUUUCUAAUGCAAUAAAGAACCCAUUUCCUUUUCUUGAGGUACUUCGUGACAGAGGUCUCAUCACUGAAAAAAUGUACACAGAUUUUAAAGAUUCCUGUACAAGCCUGGUCCCUGUACAACAAGUGAUCUACAAAGCCUUGGAAGUACUGGAGAAGAGACUUGACCAGCAGGUUCUAAGGGUAUUGUUCUGUGUGGAAAAUAAGGAGGCAUACCCUGAUUUGGAAAGCAUUUUUAAAAGAUUUAAAAAUGUCUUACCACAGGACCAAUUGUGUUUUGAAGAAAAUGAUAGACAGGACCCAAACUUGCAGCUAAAUCUUGAACAAGGACCUGCUCAAGAAAGCCUGACCUGGUCACCCUCAGGUCCAACACAUCCCAUAUUGAACAGUGAGGAUUUUAGACGUCCUGAGCUUCCGGUGACCUGUGGUAAUGCUCGGGGGACUCUGUAUGUGGAGAAAUUUGCGCAAGGCAUCCAUGAGAAGAGUAUACAGAGUGAGAACGGAGAGUGGCUCACUCUCAGGGAGUUUGAAAUCAGAGGAAACCGUGAAAGAUCCAAGAACUGGAGGCAAAGCAUAUAUUGUCAAGGAUGGAACCUGGGAUGCUUAAUAAAGGGAAGAAUUCUACCAGACUCACCUAGGGCAAGGGGACAGAGGGAAAACCGAACAAGCCCAGAGUGA